AUGGAAAUUUAUUAUUUAUUAAUUUAUAAAGAAAUGGAUUAUAAUAAAAUUAAUAAUACAUCAUGUAAUUAUAUUAGUGAUCAAUAGCAAAUAUAUUUAAUGAGUCCUCUUAAUUUGAUUAGUCCAGAUAGGAAGAUGUAUAGAUUGUUUUUAUUUUAAGGUUGUUAAUUUUUUAAGAGAACCAAAGGCAUCCAAGAAAUUAUCCUACUAGUAUCCAGUUGUAGAAGAAGCAUCUUCCUACUGGGAUCGAUUACUAGCAGGAAGAUUAGAUUCGAUCUCAUUAAUACCAACUACUAAAUGUGCUGUGUUUACUUUGUUCCUGAUAUCAUUUUAUAUGGGUUUGUUUGGCUUAAUUUUGUUUGGAGUCUCAACAAAUAUAGUGGAAAUUAGGAUUCCUUACGGUGAAGCAUGUGAUUAAUAAAGCUUUUGCAACAUUACAUUCUUUGUAGAUGAACUGAUGGCCACACCUGUUUAUGUGUAUUACGAGCUCUCCAAUUUCUAUUCUAAUGAUCUGAAGUUUCUAUAUAUUCUUACUUUUAAGUUUCGUUAAGUCUAUCAAUAAGGAUUAGUUAAUGGGUUAUGAUAUUGAUUAGGAAAAGUAUUGUCCAAAUGCUUACUUGCAAUCUCAGAUGAUUAGAUAAAAUAUCAGUGCCAGUGGACACCACCUGUAUUUAGAUAAUGCAAAUCCCUGUGGUUUGGCAGCCAAGUACAUUUUCAAUGGUAAUGUUAAUUGUGAUGAUAUUCAAAAGACACUUUCUAUAUAAUGAACACAGAAAAAUUGACAAUCAAUGUAACCAAUCUUUUGUUGCCCAUGUAUAAGAAGCAGUUCAAAAGACAUGAAUAUUAUUUCAAGCAGUGGUUGGAUGUAGAGAAUGGUAAGAACUCUAAUUAAUUAAUUAGAGCAAGUUGAAAGUUGGUUCAUACCCUAAGUGCAUUCUAGUAGAUUUAUUCUAUAUGGCAUAAUAAAUGGUAAUUUAAAUUAAGGAAGUUAUAAAUUCUACGUAAACAAUUAGUACCCAAUAUCAAUUUUUGGAGGAGAGAAGACACUCAUACUUUAGAGUGCAUCGGAAUUGGGAACCAAAGGGUUAACUAUAGGUUUAGUGCUUCUUGGAGGUAGUGGAUUGAGUGCGCUAUCUUCUCUUAUGUUGUUCAUGUUAAAAAGAAAUAAAUCUAAAACAUAGGUAUAACAAGAAUAAAUUUGA